AUGAACGGCCAAAGUAGCCAUCAACAAUCAAAAGAUGGUCGCCACGAUGAUGACGCCACUCUUACAGAAUUCCUUUCUUCUUUGAUGGACUACACUCCUACUAUACCUGAUGAAUUGGUGGAGCAUUACCUGGCCAAAAGUGGAUUUCAGUGCCCCGAUAUCCGAUUGGGUAAUCAUACUACUAGUCUUAAUGCUACAGAAUUCCCUGCUCGUGGAGCGAUGGUGGCAUGGCCUGAGACAAGGCUGGUAGCAGUUGCUACGCAGAAAUUCAUUGCAGAUGUCGCAACUGACGCUCUUCAACACAAAAUAAUGACCAAGAAUCAACAAAAGUUCAACCCAAUAGUCAGUAGUGCCAAAAGUUCGCCAACUUUCAUCCGUGGUCGAAACUUUUCAGACAAUAAUCGACGGUGCAAAAAGCAUUAA